CGUUCCAAUUUGUGCCGUGAGCCCCGCCACAGCCGGCCGCACAGACUCAAAGCCCCGCGGGUGAGUGCAGCUGCUCCGAGCCUCCGUGCGCUUCGCGCUGCCCCCUACCCGCCCGGCGGCCCCACGAUGCGGCCCAGCCUGUGAGCGGCCGGCCAGCCUGGGACGCCUGGCCGCACAACUACCUCACGCAUCCCCGCCCGCCGUAGCGCUCCAGCCCCUAGGAUUUUACACUGCCGUAGGGCGCCCCCUUGAGGCCGCUUCGCCCCUCGACCAUGUUCCAGCGCCUCACCAGCCUCUUCUUCAGCACCCCCUCGCCUCCUGAAGACUCGGACUGCCCCGGCGCCUUCGUGUCGGAGGAGGAUGAAGUGGACGGUUGGCUCAUCAUUGACCUGCCGGAUAGCUACGCGGCUCCCCCCAGCCCCGGGGCCGCCCUCCCCGCCGGCCGCCCCCCACCCGCGCCCUCCUUGAUGGACGAGAGCUGGUUUGUUACCCCUCCCGCCUGUUUUACUGCAGAGGGUCCCGGCCUCGGGCCCGCCCGCCUCCAGAGCAGCCCCCUGGAGGACCUCCUCAUCGAGCACCCCAGCAUGUCUGUUUACGUCACCGGCAGCACCAUAGUGCUGGAGCCUGGGCCUCCUUCCCCGCACCCCGAGGCUGCCUUGCCGGAUGGCGAUCUCAGUGAUGGAGAGCUGGUGCCGGCCCGCCGUGAACCUCGGGCCCUGCACCACGCCGCGGCUCCUCUGCCGGCGCGAGCCGUGCUGCUGGAGAAGGCGGGCCAGACGCGGCGGCUGCAGCGGGCCCGGCAGCGGGCCGAGCGCCGCGCGCUGAGCGCCAAGGUGGUGCAACGGCAGAACCGCGCCCGGGAGAGCCGCCCUCGCCGGCCUAAGCACCAGGGCAGCUUCAUCUACCAGCCGUGCCAGCGCCAGUUCAACUACUGAGUGCCCUCACCGCGCCACGAAUCCCUCGCAGUCUCUGUGUCCCCUUGGUUCCCUCUGCAGCAGCCAGUGUGCUGCUCCAGAGACGGCUGGGCUGGGACACCACCCCUCCUAACUUACGUGGGUCCGGAGGGGUGGUGGCCCUUCCUUAACUCCCUUGAUUUUUUUUCCCUUUUGGGAUCCUCUGAUCCACCUCUGAUCCACCUCUGACCACCCCCCACCCCCUUUAUCCUUCCUAAACUCGCCAUCUAAUCCUGUCUCCUCACCCUCACUCCUGAUCUUCUAUGCUUUUCUGACUCCCAUCCCUGUCUCUCCCUACCUACCUUUGCUUUUUGCCUCCCCCCCCUCCCAAUUUCUGGGAGCCUCUCUUGCUCUGAUCUGACUUAUACCCCAUAUCCCAUCUUCAACUCCUACCUUACAGGAUUCACCCUUUCCUGUGUUUGGCAUUAUAUUUACUCCUGUUCCCCAAUUCAUUCCUAGCAAUUCCCUCAGAAAUGGAUGGAGAGGGGACUCUGAGCCUCACCCUGACCAAGUCCAAUCUGCCAUGCCUGGGCCAGCUAGUCAGGGGUCAGGCUCAGGGUUUUGCUUCUAGUCUUCCCCUUCUCCCUGUCCUGAGGGGCUGGACUUCCAAGAGCUGCUUAGGCCUAGAAAGGUAAAGUAUGUAGAAGAGGAUAGUGAAAUGUGAGCUUAGAGGGAGAAGGUGGAGGGGGGAAUCCGGGGAAAGAGCAGCCUACGGGAGAUGCAGACAGGACAAACAGGUUGAGAAGCUGUAAGGGAGCAGGGCACAAUGGGAGCUGACAUCGUGUAUGUUCAGAGAGGACAAGCCCUGCUCUCAGGCCAGAGCCUGGAGCCAGCCCAGACUUCCCUUUCCUAUAAUCACACCUCCCAAGUCUUUUCCUGAAAUUUACCCCUCCUCAGGUCCUGAGUCUGAAGGGCUUAAUACCUUGCCACCUCCCCUUUCUAUGUCACUCCAGGAGUAGAGGCUGGGUAAGGGCCUGCUAUCCUGGCCAUUUAUUUGUUCACAUGCCUAAGGUGCUAGAAUUAGCUUAGGGAGAUGCAGGCGAGGGCUUCUGGUCAGAGAAAGGGCAUAUACCCCAAGGGAAAACUGCAGAGGAAUGAUGCUCAGAAGGACAAGCUGUGGGGUGAAGCUCUUGCCUCUGGUCUUAAUUUAAUUAGUAUGACUGGCUAAUAAACACUCCUAGGUAGGAGGCCAGAGCCCCUCUCUCAGUUCCCAAAUUUUCCCUGUCUAGGCUCAGGGCCUUCAGGGGCCCUCUUCUUUUUCUCCUACAGGGAUUUUCCUUUUCCAGUUUGUUGGAAAAGGAAAGGUGCCCUAUGGCCCUCUUCCCCUCCCCUCCAGGUAUCCAGAGAAAGGAUCUGAAUCCCUGGAUGAGGCAUAUGGGACAAGGGCAAUCAGCUUUCCUUUUGUGCUGGGACUGAAUUUUGGGCUUAGACACCAGCAACAGCCUCUUGAAAUGCCCGGAGUUGUUUCCCAUUCUCUUUCUAGCUGUCCUUUUCUAGUGUGUGCUCUUUCUUCUUUGAAACUUUAAAGAUUUCCUAUUAUAUACUAAUAUAGGUCUUCCCCUUCACCCUAAUUCCAGAUUUUGAGUCUUCAACUCCAAUUUGGGGUUGGAUAAAAUACUGCAUUCCCAAGGGCAAAAAGCAGCUGUCUCCCUGAUUCUAUAUCCCUAGGCCUCAUAUGAUAUGUGGGGAAAGGAGAAAGGAGGUAUCCCCAUGGAUGGUAGGAUAGGGACAGAAGCCCUGUUGUGGUCUUCUAUUCCACGGCAAAAGCCCAAAUCAUACUCUAAGCAGAUCAAUGACCCCACACUAGCUACUAGGGUUCAAUCAGACAACCUUCUUUCUAUCCUCAAGUUCUUCAGUUACAACAUAGUACUUUUAUUCUUCAAGCUACCUUUAGGUCACUUCCUAGCCAGCUUAGGGUCUUCAGCACUUAUAAGAGCUGAAAUUCCUUCCAGCCCAUCUUGCCUACUUUUCACUGCCAGCCAGAGCCUAGGGUCAGUCUUGAGCAGUGCCCAUGAUCCUGCUUGGUGGGAGAAGAAUCUGAGUGAUGGGGCAUUUGACUCACAUUUCAGAAGGUCUUGCCUCUUACCUGUAUUUCUAGAGGCUCCUGUAGUUCUAGAACUCUUCAAUCUCUUCACCUGGCUGGUUGCAAAGCUCAUUUUUUUGUACUUUCCUAUAAAUUCUGUAGCAUUGGAGUGUGGCAAUAUUUGAAUUAUGUAGAGAUUUUUAAGAACCAACACUACUCAGUCUCCUGCUAGUCUGACUCCUGAAGCAUCAGACCUUGUCAUACUGUAUUGACUGUGUAUGUGCCUUUCACCUUGAGCAUGCUUCAGGAUUUUUUCGUAAACCACAGAACUUGAAUACACAAGGGAACCAGAAUUCACAAAGUCCUAUGCAACCUUAGACCGGAGGGGGUUAGAGAGUCUGUCUUGACUGAUUUCAGAGAUCUAGGGAAGUUUGUACCAGUUUGUAUUAAUGUCAGUACUACCAGCACUUUGCCAAAACUUAGGAUGUCAGAGGGACCUGUUUCUAGAGUGAGUCCCAGUUACAUCAAAGGGUGACUUCCAGCUUUCCCCUAUAAGUCUAAGUGGUUCUCUUGAGCUGGAUGUCACUUUCUAGCCUUUGUCAGUCUGGCCCCAGCAGGCACCAUGUGUGUAUGAGUGCAGUUUGGUGCUGUUUUGGAGUAUGCCUGCUGCCCAGUCCCCUGCCUGAAACCUUCCAAUCAACUUGCUAUGACCCAUAAAGUCUUAGGUGCAACAAGGACCCCACCAGGGUUCUUGGAUGCCUCCCAGGAUUCAUAGCUUUAUGUGAAGGGACUGAAUGCAGACAAACCAUAGCCUGCUUCUAAUAAUUUUCUCCCUACCCUGCCACCUAGUUCCAAAUGCAAGUUGAGUGCAUCUCUGUUGGGUGUUUUAUGUUGAGACUGGCUGAAGUGAAGACUUUGGUUGACCAUGUUGUGAUGUGUCGACAGAUUCAAGGACACAACCACCUCGACCUGGUCAUAUGGCAUGCCUGUGUAUGUGUGUAACAGGAUUCUGAUUGUUAGAUUGCAAUGCUAAUUAUUCCUCUAUGGGAGAGAAAAUUAAUAUAAAGAAAAACCAAUAAAAAUCUAUUUAAAGCA